UAGUUGAAUUUAGUACGCCAUUUCGUGCGCGACGUGGUCAGUUGCGUCUAGUUUUAAAGCGUAUAAAUUAACUAUUUCGUUUAAAUGAACAUUCAGUGAUUGCCAAACACACACUCAUGCAUAUACUAAUGUGUUAGUGCAUACAGUUCAAAGUUCGUAGAGUAUACGCGUAAUUCAUAUAAAAACGUAUUAACAAUGUCCACCAAUGAUGUGCGAAAGAGAAAGCUGGCCAGCGAUGACAAACCGUCGCAGGGAGGCGGCAAUCGACGCCCUAACGGCAAUGGAAAUGGACGUGGCGGUGUGACCAGCGGCUUAAAAUUAUCAUUUUUAUGUUUGAUCAUAUCUGUGGUGCUGCUGCUCUUUGUCUUUGGUGUGUAUCAAAUGUAUUAUGUUGAAGAAGUCUCUCCCCCAAGCGUGACUAAAUCCACAAAACUAACUGAUUUUGCCACUGUUACUGUUUCAUUUCAUGCACCGCCCCAUCAUACCCAUGCUGCUGCCCCACGCAACACAAUGAAACCGCCACAACGACAACAACAAUCUGAUGCAGGCUUCGUCUCGGACAAUGCGAGUCCUUAUCUAGCGCGUCUUGCCUCCAAGCUGGGCUACAGCAAGGUGCAAUAUGCAGCCAUCAUUGAUGCCGGCUCCACGGGUAGUCGUGUCUUGGCCUACAAGUUCAAUCGCAGCUUCAUUGACAACAAACUGGUGCUAUACGAGGAACUCUUCCGUGAACGCAAACCUGGUCUCAGUUCGUUUGCCGACAAUCCCGCGGAUGGCGCGCAUUCGAUUAAGCUACUGUUGGACGAGGCACGCGCGUUUAUACCAAAAGAGCAUUGGUCAUCGACGCCGCUGGUAUUGAAAGCCACAGCUGGAUUGCGGUUGCUGCCCCAGAGCAAAGCUGAGAAUCUGCUGAAUGCUGUGCGUGAUUUGUUUGCCAAGUCGGAGUUCAGUGUGGACAUCGAUGCUGUGGAGAUUAUGGAUGGCACCGACGAAGGCAUCUUCAGUUGGUUCACCGUCAACUUCCUCUUGGGUCGUCUAUCCAAAACGAAUCAGGCUGCCGCCUUGGAUUUGGGUGGUGGCAGUACGCAGGUCACCUUCUCGCCCACAGAUCCGGAACAGGUGCCCGUGUAUGACAAGUAUAUGCAUGAGGUGGUCACCUCCAGCAAGAAGAUCAAUGUGUUCACACACAGCUAUUUGGGUCUUGGCCUGAUGGCCGCUCGUCACGCCGUCUUUACCAAGGGCUACAGUGCGGAGGACACUGUGGUGGAGAGCGUCUGUGUGAAUCCCAUUAUUGCCAAUCGUACGUGGACUUAUGGCAAUGUGAAGUAUCAAGUCAGUGGCAAAGAGAAUGCCAAAUCAUCGGCUGAACAGCCUGUUGUCGAUUUUGAUUCCUGCCUGGAGCUGGUGAAGAGCAAAGUUAUGCCCCUGGUGAAACCGAAACCAUUUACGCUUAAGCAACACGCUGUCGCCGCAUUUAGUUAUUACUUUGAACGUGCCAUCGAAUCGGGUUUGGUGGAUCCGACAGCUGGUGGCGAGACCACCGUGGAGGCGUAUCGCAAGAAGGCCCAGGAGAUCUGUGCCAUACCCAAUGAUGAGCAGCCAUUCAUGUGCUUCGACUUGACGUUCAUCUCGGUGCUGUUGCGCGAAGGAUUUGGCCUUAAUGACAACAAGAAAAUUAAGCUUUACAAGAAGAUCGAUGGUCAUGAAAUCUCGUGGGCCUUGGGCUGUGCCUAUAACGUGCUGACCAGCGAUGAGAAAUUCAAUAAUUCCUAGUGCUUCGUUUAAAUAGACUGUAGACGAAAAUCAUAGCUGAAAUUGUUUCUAGAGUGCCUUAGACGUGCAUCGAAGUAUACUACACACACACACACACACUCACUCACAGUCACAUACACACACUUUAAUCGUAGAAUUGAUAGAUUUUUAUGCGCUAUAAAUUCAUUUCAAUUGCCAUUAAUUGAUACGAAUUCAUUUAGUCUGUUGAACCGAGGACGCACUGUGACUACACCAAACACAAAGACACAAUUUACUCUAAACACUGAUGUUUCUAGUUCGUAAUUCCAAUGUAAUUUUUGUGUGAUUCGUUUAUUGUAUGUAAUUCAUUCACGAUAUUGUAUCCUUAGUUUUAUGCUCCAUACUUUCCUAAUGUAUAUAAAUAUGUGCAAGUAGAUAUAUAUACACUAUAUAUACAAGCAUAUCUAAUUUGAAUAUCAGAAUAGUGAAUACUUUUCCAAUUCAAACAUAACUAAUUAAACGAAUUCAAUUUUGUUUAUAAGUUAUUAAGGAAUAUAAAUUUAUUAAACUAUUCUGUCAGGUAUUUCAACUUCGGCUUGUCGAAGACAAACUCUUCGUUUUUGUUUAAAUUUCUUUUAAAUUUUGUAUGUAACUCUGGAAUUGUUAUAACAUUUAAUUAAAUUAUUUUUGCAAUAUUCAAAUAUGUUGUCGACUCAAAAUAAAACUAAAAUAAUA